GCCGUGCAGCCGCGAGGAACGCGUGCGUGAUGAAGUGAGCGUCUCGUGCGGCGGUCGCUCGCGGGAUGGACGCGUCGGCGCGGCGCUGAGCGGCUCCGGGAUGCGGCGGUGUGCGACUCUACUGAUGCUCGCGCUGACGGCGGGGGUGAGCGUGGCGCUGCAGAUCCAGUGCUAUCAGUGUGAAGACGUUCGGCAGGACGACUGCUCCUUGCCAGAGUUCAUCGUUAACUGCACCAUCAACGUGCAGGACAUGUGUCAGAAGGAAGUGCUAGUCAUGGAGGACGGGAUUCACUACAGGAAGUCGUGUGCGUCGUCGGGGGCGUGUCUGAUCGCGUCGUCGGGCUACCAGCAGUUCUGCACGGGGAAGCUGAACUCUGUCUGCAUCACCUGCUGCAACACGGCGCUCUGUAACGGCCCACGGCACAAGAGAAGAGCGGCGUCCCAUGCCUGCUCCGUCUGCCGCUACGCCAGCCUGCUGCUCUGCCUCAUGUUGCUCUACUUCUGCUCGCACUGACGUGUGUGUGUGUGUGUGUGUGUGUGUGUGUGUGUGUGUGUGUGAG